ACCAGUGGAGAGCGGAAGUGCCUCCUGGAGCCGCAGAGGAACGAAGCGGAAGGUUGAACUUAGCGGCCGAUUCCCGUGUUUGUUAGGCGACUCCGGACGAGCUGAAGCGGGAGGAGUGUGUUGUGUACCGGUUUACCUUCCCGCACCUCGGCACUGUUUCCAGGCCUGCUUUGUACGCCGAAGGAGACGGAGCUCCGGAGCUCGACACGCACGCACUCACUCAGAGACACACAGACUCACAGUCAGAGGCCUCGACUGCUGAGUUCUCCACCGCCGGGGGGCUGUGCGGCGCCGAUGGUAGCUAAUUAAUUGCCCGCGCGCGAUAGCCGCGCUGUCCGUCUGCCGCCUUCCGUCCCUCUGAGUGUCUGUGUCCGACCGACCGACCGACCGACCGACCGGUGGAGCAGCAAGCCGAUGCGUGUGACUGACGGUCCUCCGCAGCCGCCGCCGCCGCUGGCCCCAUUUCUGACUGAAGGGAAAGAAAGUGCGCUGUGACGCCCACCUGUGUGUCCACACACAUGACGAGUGUUUAGAGGCCCUAUAGAGAGGGAGUGACUCUUCUGCCUUCCCCGCGUGAACCCCCCUCUCCCCCCGCCUGACAUGACGGGUCCGAGGCGGAAGUCGUCCAAGACGCAGGGCGGCGGCGGGAGCGUCUCCGAGUCCGGCAGGCAGGACGAGCCCAAGGACUACAUCAACGAGCUCUCGCACGAGGUCCUCUGCCACAUAUUCCGGUACCUCCCCAUGCAGGACAUCAUGUGUAUGGAGUGUCUGUCCCGCAAGCUGCGUGAAGCCGUGACGCUCUAUCUGCGCGUGGUGAAGGUCGUGGACCUGUGUGCCAGCCGCUGGUGGGAGUACAUGCCCUCAGGCUUCACAGACUCCAGCUUCUUGAAGCUUCUCAAGAAGAUGCCGGAUCUAGAGCAGCUGUACGGACUGCACCCGCGCUACCUGGAGCGCCGUCGGGUACGCGGCUACGAGGCCUUCAGCAUCCCCGGUGUCCUGGAGGCCCUGCAGGCCUGCCCCAAUCUGCUGGGAGUGGAGACAUCCCAUCUGGAGCUGGUGGAGGCCAUCUGGAACUACAUGCCCCAGGUGCACAUCCUGGGCAAGUUCCGCAACCGCAACGGGGCUUUCCCGAUCCCUCCCGAGAACAAGCUCACCAUCCCGGUGGCGGCCAAAAUCCAGACACUGCACCUGGUUGGGGUCAAUGUGCCGGAGAUCCCCUGCAUCUCCAUGCUGAAACACCUGUACCUUAAGUGGGUGCGCUUCACCAAACCACAGCCCUUCAAGGACUUCCUGUGUGUCAGCCUGCGCACCUUCGUCAUGAGGAACUGCGCCGGCCCUACCAACUCGCUCAAGUACGUUCCCCUGGUGACGGGCCUGGCCUCCGCCCGCAACCUGGAGCAGCUGGAGCUGGUGAGGGUGCCCUUCCUCGGGGGGCUCAUUCAGCACGUGGUGGAGGACAGCUGGAGGUCAGGGGGGUUUCGUAAUUUGCACACGAUCGUGUUUGGGGCCUGUAAGAACGCCCUCGAGGUCGACCUGGGCUACCUCAUCAUCACUGCCGCUCGCCGGCUCCACGAAGUGCGGAUCCAGCCCUCGCUGACUAAAGAUGGCGUCUUCUCAGCCCUCAAGAUGGCCGAGCUGGAGUUCCCCCAGUUCGAGACACUGCACCUGGGAUACGUGGAUGAGUUCCUGCUGCAGUGUAAGAUGAGCCACUCGGAGCUGGUGAAGUACGGCCUGGCGGACGUCAUUGAGAACCCGGGGAUCAUCACGGACAUUGGAAUGAAGGCGGUCAAUGAGGUCUUCUCUUCCCUCAAGUAUCUUGUCAUCUACAACUGCCCGCACCUGCACAACCCACACAACUGGUUCUCAGACCAUGCGCGCUGGAGCCGCCUGGUGGACCUGACCCUGGUGCGCUGCCACGCCAUCAAGCUGGAAUCCUUCAGCCAGUUCAUCGAGAUGCUGCCCAGCCUGGAGUUCAUCUCCUUGGACCAGAUGUUCCGUGAGCCCCCCAAGGGCUGUGCCCGCGUUGGCCUGAGCGCUGGAACUGGCAUCGGCGUGUCGUCGGCCCUAGUCAGCAACCAGAACUCCAACAACGACAACAACAACAACCACCACCACCAGAACAACAACAACGCCAACAACGCUGCCCCGGCCAACGUCCCUCCGCACGAGGAGAACGAGAAUGAGGAGGGCCACGAGGUGGGGCAGGGCCCCUGGCAGAAUGAGCACAACCACGAGGUUAACAAUGUGGACGAGGUGGUCCAAGAAAACAUGGAGGUGGCAGCGGCGGCCAGCAGCCCAGAGCGGGAGCCACCUGGCCCGAGUGAUGCGGCUUCCCCGACCGGAACCGUGGACCGCGAGCAAGCAGGCCCCAGCGGGGUCCAGGCAGCAGGCAGAAAGCGGCCCGUGACGGUGUCCGAUUCAGACAGCGAGGAGGGCGAGGACUCCGGCAGAGUGGCGGCCCAGACCCAGCCCUCAUACCCGGAGCCCGGAGCAGCGGACGCAACCCGUCUCAGCAGCAAAGGGAAGACGCCCCUGCGCCGAAGGGGAGCCCCCCCUCAGGAGCACAGCUGCGAGAAGGGCUGCCAGGUCACCAGCGAGCAGAUCAAGGCCGACAUGAAGGCCGCCACGGAGAGCACCGAGCACGGGACCCACAGCUCCAGGGACCCGGGAGCAGGGUGCGCAGCUGGGGGCUGCGUCUGCUCCAUACGCUGGAGGGAGGACUCGGCCAAUCAAGAGGAAGGGCCAGGAGCCGUCGCGGCCGGCGGGGAAGGUGCAGUCAGGGCACGCUGCACGUGUAACAGGGCUCGAAGCAGCCCUGAGGGUCGGACUAGGGGAGGAACGCAUCCACCGGGUCAGAGGCUCGGGGUGGAGCCUGCGAGAGGGGUGGGGCCAGGGCCCAGGGAGGUGAUCGACGAGGCCCCUGCAAGAACGCGGGCGGUGGUCGAAGAACGCGGGGACAGUGGCGAAAGGGGAAACCUGGAUGCCGGGGGAGACCCAGCUCAGAACCACACCCCACGGGAAGGAUUUCCACGGCGACCUGUUACUCGCGCCCGCAGCCGACUCUCUUCUGUCCCUUUGAUAUCUGAGGCAGAACUGACCACAGCAAAGCCGCGGGUUGCAGUGAAAAGGAAACGUACUGCAGACAAGGCAACCAGCACCAGUGACCCAGUGACCGAAGAUGACCACGUGCAGGUGCUGACACUGAAAUCCAAAAACCUGGUAGGAAUCACGCUGACCAACUGCGGCAUCACCGACCUUGUGCUGAAGGAGUGCCCCAAAAUGAUGUUCGUUCACGCGACCCGCUGCCGUGUGCUGAAGCACCUGAGGGUGGAGAACGCGCCCAUCGUGAACCGCUUUGACUACGCCCAGUGCAAGAAGCUGGACAUGGAGCAGGUGCUGGACCAGAUCUUGCGCAUCGCCCCUGAGAGGAACCGCAUCAUCUACAUGCGCCCCAUGCAGCAGGUGGACUCGUUGGCGCUGGAAAGAAAGCUCUUCCGUGGUCCAUAUCCCUACCACAUCAGCAUCAUCCACGAGUUCAGUAACCCUCCCAACAUCAGGAAUAAAGUGCGCGUGCGUAGCUGGAUGGACACCAUCGCCAACAUUAGCCAGGAGCUCAUCAAGUACGAGUUUUUCCCUGAGGCGACACGGACGGAGGAGGACGUCAAGAAGUACCCCAACUACCCCUGGGGCAGAGACAUCUACACCUUGGAGGGACUGGUGGACGGGGCCCCCUACUCCAUGAUCACUGACUUCCCUUGGCUUCGCACGCUGCGCACGGCUGAGCCCAACAGCUACGCUCGCUACGACUUCGAGGAUGACGAGAGCACGACGAUCUAUGCCCCGCGCCGCAAGGGCCAGCUCUCUGCAGACAUCUGCAUGGAGACCAUUGGGGAGGAGAUCUCGGAGCGGCGGCAGACCCGGCGGGGCGUUUUCCAGCGUGUAGCGGCCAUAUUUAUUCACUACUGCGACGUCCGCGGAGAGCCGGUGGAGGACGACUACAUCUAGAGCCCUCAGCUGCUCCUCGUAGACAAAGAUGAUGACGACGACGACGACAUCUCUCGCUCAGGCUCCGCCCACAACUGCUGGCCCCACUGAUGGACUUCUGCUUGAUGAUCAGUGCAGUGAUGCAGGGCACUGGGUCACUUUGUUUUGCUUACAUGCAGGGAGGCGGCAAUAUUAAUAAUUAGAUUUUGUUUGAUUAGAUGUUUUCGGCCAGUGGGGUUUCCCUUCGCUCGCUGUAGGACACUCUUAACACACUCACGCUCCCACCUGCUCCUUGUGUGCUUUCGUUGAACACAGCCUGCCCGUGGAACGGCGGCGUCACCUGGGUGCGUUUGUGUAAAACGGGGAAGAGUCCCUGAGCCCAUAUGUAUGUGUACAUACAUACACGCACACACACUGCUUUUCUAGAGCCUCAGGUUGGAGGUGGUCUUCAUAGGUGGCUUUUUGGUGAAGAACUUUUUUUUGUUAAAAGGGCUUUGUGUGAGAGAGAGAGAGAGAGAGAGAGAGAAAGUGUGUUGGGAAGCUGUUCCUCUGCCCUCCUGUCACUGGCACUUGCAGACACUUGACCUUUACAGAAACCCUGGCCUUUGCUCAGGUUCUCUUAGGCCACUUUUCCCUUUUUGCUUUUUCUACCGCUGUUUUAUUUAGUUUUUUCAUGUUUUAGUC